CUACUACUACUGGGCUGCGUUCGAGAAUGUCACCCAUGUGCACCGAGCGUUGCUUUAUCUUCGUUAUUUAUUGAAAGUUGAACAAAGAUAGAACGACGCUCGUGUGCACUGUGCACACGGAUGACGUUCUCGAACACACCUCUGAUCAACCUCAAUGUUCAAUAUAUCACAAAGAUAUGUAUAUUGCCUUAUUUGCUCCCCUAUGAGAAGUUAUCUCUAAUCAAUGUAGAAAAAUUUGAUUAUCAAAAAAUUUUAAACUAUAAUGUUGUCUAGAGUAACAAUUAAUAUUAUUAGGAGAACAAUAUGCAACAAUGCACGUACAUUUUACUACGUACGAAACUUUCUGGAAUCAAAUCUCUUGACACACGAUAGCAAUACAAAGGAAUACAAUAUACAAAAUCACUAUAAUUUGUACGUAGCAAAAAGAUUCAAAUCUAAUAGAAGAAAAAUCGUCGACAAUAAAAAAAGUGGAGAUGAGGAUUCCGAUGAAGAAGAAGAGGAAAACGAAGAGGUGCCUGCUGGUUCAAAGAUGCUCACAAUAAAUGUUCCAUCUCUUCGAUUAGAUACCAUUUCCAAAGCUGGAUUUGGAAUACCACGCAAUAAAGUAGAAGAAGCAUUUUAUGCAAGCAAGUUUCGUGUAAAUGGUAACAAAGUAUUCAAAAAAUCCAUGGAGGUGGAAGUAGGAAAUGAAAUUGAUAUAGUUUCACAUCGACAUUUGGAUAAUCCUAAGUUUCUAAUUGUAAAUAGAAUUGUGAUACUAUCAAUGACUCCUACAUCUAAUUCUAUACGAAUGAAAUUGUCCCGUGAUAAAAAUUUACUGAUUGAAGAUUAUGAGGAACCAUGGUCAGGUGCAUAAUUUUUGUAGCAUAUUAACAAUAAAACUGUACUUAUUACACAACUAUAAUAAAAAUAUAAACAAAAUAUAUUUUAUGUAAUAAUAUAAAUAUGAUAUAUAAAUAAUAUAAAAAUAUAUAAUAUAAU